GGAGGCCGAGGGGCCCGCGCUGUGGCGCCUGCCCGAGGAGCUGCUGCUGCUCGUCUGCUCCUACCUGGACGCGCGCGCGCUCGGCCGCCUGGCCCAGGUGUGUCGCGCGCUGCGGCGCGUCACCAGCUGCGACCCGCCGUGGCGCCGCAUCGCGCGGGCCUCUCUCAACGCCGGCUUCUCGCGGCUCGGCACGGACCUGAUGAGCAGUGUCCCAGUGAAGGAACGGGUGAAGGUGUCUCAGAACUGGAGGCUGGGGCGCUGCCGAGAGGGAAUUCUACUGAAGUGGCGAUGCAGCCAGAUGCCUUGGAUGCAACUGGAGGGCAAUUCUCUCUACAUAUCCCAGGCUGAUUUCAUCCUGGCCUACCAGUUCCGCCCAGAUGGUGCCAGCGUGCACCGCCGGCCCCUGGCAGUCUUUGCUGGGCACGGUGAGGACGUUUGCCACUUUGUGCUGGCCAACUCACACAUCAUCAGUGCAGGAGGAGAUGGGAAGAUUGGCAUUCAUCAGACUCGCAGCACCUUUGCUAUCAAGUACUUGGCUCAUGAGCAGGAGGUGAACUGUGUGGACUGCAAAGGGGGUGUCGUUGUGAGUGGCUCCAGGGACAGGACGGCUAAGGUGUGGCCUUGGAGCUCAGGCCGGCUGGGGCAGUGCUCACACACCAUCCAGACUGAAGACCGAGUCUGGUCCGUUGCUAUCAGCCCGCUACUGAGCUCCUUUGUGACGGGGACAGCUUGUUGUAACCACUUCUCACCAUUGAGAAUCUGGGACCUCAACAGUGGGCAGCUGAUGACACACCUGGGUAGUGACUUCCCCCCAGGGGCUGGGGUGCUGGAUGUCAUGUAUGAGUCCCCUUCUACACUGCUGUCCUGUGGCUACGAUACUUAUGUUCGCUAUUGGGACCUCCGCACCAGCGUCCGGACGAGUAGCUGGCCCUGUGGACACACACAUGCAUCCGCUCUGAGCCAGGGCUUGGGGAGUGUCCUUCACCUUCUCCAGUUAAACAGAUGGCAACCACCUGCUGGCAACAGGCUCUUCCUACUAUGGUGUCGUGCGGCUGUGGGACCGGCGCCAGAGGGCCUGCCUGCAUGCUUUCCCACUGACGUCGACCCCACUCAGCAGUCCUGUGUACUGCCUGCGGUUCACCACUUCGCAUCUUUAUGCUGCACUCUCUUACAAUCUUCACGUCCUGGACUUCAAAAACCCUUGACAGGCUACUCGUGCCUGUGCCUGGGGAACCAGCACCUCAGGAACCUCUUCUGCCUGGAGUAUAUGAUGCUGCUUCCUUCUCUCCCCUGCUGGGGCCACACUACUCGGCACCUGAAGCUAAGGGCAGUGUCUCCUGGAACUCUGGGGCCCUCGAGACGUGGGACUGCUGAGUCCAUGAGCAGACAGGAGGCGCUGCUACAGAAACAGGCUCACGCUCCAGUGCGGCCAGAGCAAGGGUCUGCCUGGGAAGGGCCCGUCCUGCCCUUGCCUCUGCCCACUUCGUUCCCUGGGUGGCCUGCAGGAGGGGAAGUAGUGCUUGCUGCACCGUGGCCCUCUGACCCCAAGGCACCUGUCAUGUUGGACCAGCCUUGUGGGGUACCAUGGCAUCGUGUCACGUUGGGUUCUGAGGUACCCUCAGAGUAGCCUGAGGUAUUCCUUAGGCAGGCUGUGAAAGCAUGCUACUACUUUCAUUUUUGUAAAAAUAAAGCUCGGUUGUCCAACAUA